UCUUUGGCAAGAUGUGGAGAGUUCUCUGCGUGAUCGUUUGGCUCGUGCUGAUUUUGGAUCCGUUCGUGGAGACGAAGAGCAUUCCGCGGAUCAGUCCCAAUCUCCAGUUGGAUGCCUACCUCAGCUACGAUGGAAUCAUGCAGUACCUGGAUCAGUUGGCCAUAGCCUAUCCCGAUCGGGUGACCGUAAAGAAAGCGGGUUCCUCCUACGAGAAUCGUGACGUUAAGGUCGUCGAGAUAACAAACGGAGAUCAUCGACCGGGGAAGAGGGUUAUCUUAUUGGACGCGGCUCUUCACGCGCGUGAGUGGAUGACUCCCGCCGCCGCCCUCUAUGUCAUUCACCAGCUGGUGGUGGAGUUCCAGCAGAACUCCGAUCUCCUGACCGACUUGGAUUGGCACAUAGUGCCUCUGGCGAAUCCGGAUGGAUACGAGUACUCCCGCAAUGUGGAGCCCCGUUGGAGAAAUACGAGGUCACCAAAUGUUUACAACUGCGUCGGCACGAACCUAAACCGAAACUUUGGCGUUGACUGGGGAAUAGGUUUUCCGGAACUAAAAGAUCCCUGUGACGAGAACUACGCUGGCACAGAACCCUUUUCCGAGGUUGAAGCUCGUAUACUUCGCGACUUAAUGCAGGAUUUGGUGUCUAGUAAGCGGGGUGUCAUGUAUCUUUCCCUGCACACGGCAAACCGCUCGGUCUUCUAUCCUUGGAUUCAUGCUGAAACGCCAGUUCCUAACUAUGAUGAACACGUUGAAAUUGCCAAAUUCGUCUCUAGGAAGAUAUUGCAAAGCACGGGCACGAUUAUAAAGACGCCCCAAUAUGCUCGAUUCGCCGGAAAUGGGGGAACUAGCGUUGACUACGCCUACCACGUAGGCUUCCCCCUUUCCUUUGUCUUCGAGAUGUCGGGAACUGGAGAGGAUCAUGUGGAGUACAAAUUCUUCCCUCCACCCCAGAAUAUUCGCCGUCUGGCCGGCGAGUCGUGGAUAGGGAUUCGCGCCUUUGCCGAAAAAGUCAUGGAAAAAUAUCCGCCCUCUAGAGAGAUUCCUUACGUAGAAAAACUUUCAGAACCUAAAAUUGAAGCUAAUGGUUUAAGAAAAAAAUAGUUAAAAUAGUGGCAAUGAUAAUGAAAUGAAAUAAUAAUUGUUUGCUGAAUUUUUUUAAUAAACAAGUUCUGAAUAAUA